AUGGCUUGGCCAAAAGUUUGGGUUUUAUCGGUUCUUCUGAUUCCGUCGAUAAUCUCGCAUUCGAACCCCUCGUUCCCCGGGCAGGAUGCGCAUAAGCCUCCAGAGGUCCAUCAUCAGCCACCACCACCUCCACCGCCUCAGGGGCAGGCUCCAUCGCAAGCGGCGUUCGGAGGAGAACAGGCCAAGGAUGAAGGGUAAGAUAAUUUUUAUUUUCUGCUAUUUUUAGGUCGAAAAUACUCUCAUAAGCUAGAGAGAAGGGUCAUCUAUAAUUCACCUCAUUUUCAGCCACAUAAAAGAGCAUUUGGAGGGCAAAGUCGACCCGACUGCGAACAUGACACCUGAACAAUUGCAGUUCCACUACUUUAACAUGCAUGAUUUGGAUAAAAACGGGCGGUUAGAUGGUGUGGAAUUGAUCAAGGCGAUUACCCACUUCCAUCAAGGUACUUUUCAAGCUAUUUUUGCUUUGUUUUCGGCUUUUAGAGAAGCGUUAUGACCAGAUAUAUUAUUCAUGAUCAGAUUAAAUCCGAGUUUCGGCAAAAAUUGCUUGAAUUUUGAUGUUAUUCACAAUUUUGUUGCUCAAAAUGACUAAUAUAUCUUCCAGAGAACCCCACAAACCAACACGAUCAGCAUGCUCCACCUCCCCUUCCAUCUGAAGAAGAGCUGGAGCAAAUGAUUGACGCCAUUCUAAAAGAAGACGACUUCAAUAAUGACGGAUACAUCGACUACGGAGAGUUCCUACGAGCCCAAAAACAACGCGAAGAACAGGCCAAACAGCAUGCUCAACAACAACCACCACCACCUCCGCCACCACGACAAUAG